GGCCGCGGGAGGGAAGCAGCAUGGCGGCCGGGUGCGAGCCGCUGAGCGCGCCGCCGCCUUCCCCUCCUGCCGCGCCCGUGGCGGGGCCCGCGGGCCCGUUGCCCGAGUAGCCAGCGCCGCCCGGAGCUCGCCCGGCCAUGGAGCUCGCCCGCCCGGCCUUCCCGGCGCUGCCGCAGGCCAAGGAGGACUCCGAGGAUUGGACCUAUCCCAUGAGACGAGAGAUGCAGGAAAUUUUACCUGGGUUAUUUUUAGGCCCAUAUUCUUCAGCUAUGAAAAGCAAGCUACCUAUACUUCAGAAACAUGGAAUAACCCAUGUAAUAUGCAUACGGCAAAAUAUUGAAGCAAAUUUUAUUAAACCAAACUUCCAACAAUUAUUUAGGUAUUUAGUCUUGGAUAUUGCAGAUAAUCCAGUUGAAAAUAUAAUACGAUUUUUCCCUAUGACGAAAGAAUUUAUUGAUGGAAGUUUACAAACUGGAGGAAAAGUUCUUGUCCAUGGAAAUGCAGGGAUUUCUAGAAGUGCUGCCUUAGUUAUUGCAUACAUUAUGGAAACAUUUGGGGUGAAGUACAGGGAUGCAUUUACUUAUGUUCAAGAAAGAAGAUUCUGUAUUAAUCCUAAUGCUGGAUUUGUCCAUCAACUUCAGGAAUAUGAAGCCAUCUAUCUAGCAAAAUUAACUAUCCAGAUGAUGUCACCACUGCAGCUGGAGAGAUCACUCUCUGUUCCACCUGGUACUACAGGAAGUUUGAAGCGAACACAUGAGGAUGAGGACGAAUUUGGAAAUAUGCAAGUGGCAGCAGCACAGAAUGGGUGACGUAGGGCACCACUAUUCAUAGAGAUUGUGAAUUCCUGCACGUGGAAGUGAAGAAAAGUAGAAAAGAUAAAUUAACACAAAACAAUGAACACACCCAGAGCUUCUUUUCAAAUACAUGUUGCUUCCAGAUCUGCCUCUGCAACACACUAAGCAACAUUUUAAUAUGUUGGACUUCUUGAAUGAAUAGAUGGCACUGAUUGUUUUACUCCUUUUUUACACUUUACAGUUUUAUUCUAUACCAAGAUUUUUGGACUUGCAAAGAGGUAUUAUUGCAAUAAUGCACUUUUCAUACUUGAAAUUUCUUUAUUUGUAUGAUAUAAAGUUAUUACUUUAAACAAAAUGCAAGCUGGGGGGAUUUGUUUAUAAAGUUAUUUGUGUAAUUUAUAACAAGAGACUUUAGUAAAGAAAAGUUUGCUAAAA